CUUGAACACUAUCACUUGAACCCUAAUUCAAAACUAUGCUAAUGAAGUAAAUACUAUCGUCUCUGGAUUUCUCUGGUCACAACAAACGUACAUAGGACAAUGGGUGGAGGAGCAGGUACUCCGGAUUUCUUCUAUAGAGAAGCUCAGCGCCUGGGUUAUGUUGCCCGCUCUGCCUUCAAGUUACUGCAGAUGCAGAAGCAGUACAAACUCAUAACCCCUGGUUCCUCUGUUCUUGAUCUAGGAUGUGCUCCUGGUGCUUGGCUUCAGGUGGCAUGCCAGAGUUUGGGUCCAUUGAAAUGCAGUGGCGCUAUAGUUGGGAUCGAUACAAAGAGCAGAAGGUGAAGGUUCCAGCAACGCACUGUGAUUCAAGGGUUCAAACCGUUUGUGGCAAUGUUAUGGAAUUACCAAAGGAAAAAAUUAAGGACCUUUCUCCUCAGAAAAAGGGGUUCUCUGUCAUACUUUCUGACAUGUGUCCACUAGUUUCUGGAAUAACAACGAGAGAUUCCGUUCUAUCCGCCGAACUGGGACACCGUGCACUUGAUCUGGCUGUUGGAGGAGGUGCCUUUUCUCCUCAAUGCACGAAUCCUCAAGUUGACGGUGAAUUGAAUGACAUUGGGGAUAAUGGUAUAUUACAACUUGGAGGUCAUCUUGUCAUAAAGCUCUUGGAAAGUGAAGACACCAAGGAAAUUUGUGAGAUAUGCAAACCUCUCUUCAGAAAGACAUCAUGGCUGAGGCCAAAAGCAACAAGGUCAUCUUCAAGAGAGAUAUAUUUGAUUUGCCAAGGUUUGCGCAGUCGUCGAGCCUCCUAAUUCUUCAUCCUCAUGUGAGUCUGAAUCCCAAAUUCUGGUUGCUUCUUAUUGAGGUUGGCAGCUAUGUUUUCUUUUGUAUAUAGGAAAUGUCAUUGAAAACCUCUGUAAACUUCUACUCUAUAAUUUAAAAGUGAUAAACUAUGAUUAGUCGAUUUUUAUUUUUUUUCCCUUUUCGUUAACAAUUCUUGUUUUAGUCUUAUAUUCUCUUAGAUAGAGUUUGUCAAUGUGAAAAUUUGUUUAUUUUUCAUGGGAAAUAGAAUAGGAGAACGUUUCGAAUAUUGAUUUCUCUUUUGUUGCUCAGGAGUUGGCUAGAGCAACUUGUUGGCUAUCAGUUUUUCAUUAGAAACCCGUUUCUAAUAUUGAUU